AGUUGCUUCAAUAUGCAUUUUCGACAUUGAAGUUUAGAGAUGACUUGGAAAAGGCUGCAGUUUGUUGCCAUGAGGGGGUUCUUCACUUGGGAAAUUGCACUUUUGCUAAGCCUGGUUGCCUCAAAGGAGCUGGACAACCCACGAGGACGAGCCAUCCCCAUGUCCCCCUCAGACUUCCUGGAUAAGCUUAUGGGGAGGACCUCAGGGUACGACGCCAGAAUCCGCCCAAAUUUCAAAGGUCCUCCUGUGAAUGUAUCUUGCAACAUUUUCAUUAACAGCUUUGGUUCAAUUGCUGAAACGACAAUGGAUUACAGGGUGAAUAUAUUUUUGCGUCAGCAGUGGAAUGAUCCCAGAUUAUCUUACAGUGAAUAUCCGGAUGAUUCCCUGGAUUUGGAUCCUUCCAUGUUGGAUUCCAUUUGGAAACCGGACUUGUUUUUUGCCAAUGAGAAAGGAGCCCACUUUCACGAAGUGACCACAGACAACAAGCUUCUCAGAAUAUUCAAAAAUGGGAAUGUCCUCUACUCCAUAAGAUUAACACUGACGCUGUCCUGCCCCAUGGAUCUGAAAAACUUCCCAAUGGAUGUGCAAACAUGCAUAAUGCAGCUAGAAAGCUUUGGAUACACAAUGAAUGAUCUGAUUUUUGAGUGGCAGAAAAAGGGGCCGGUCCAGGUUGCAGAAGGACUUACUCUCCCACAGUUCUUACUGAAGGACGAGUCAGAUCUGAGAUACUGCACCAAGCAUUACAACACAGGGAAGUUCACCUGUAUCGAGGUGCGUUUCCACCUGGAGAGGCAGAUGGGAUACUACCUGAUCCAGAUGUACAUCCCCAGCCUGCUCAUCGUCAUCCUGUCCUGGGUGUCCUUCUGGAUCAACAUGGACGCCGCGCCCGCCAGAGUGGCCCUGGGCAUCACCACGGUGCUCACCAUGACAACCCAAAGCUCCGGAUCCAGGACUUCCCUCCCGAAGGUGUCUUAUGUGAAGGCCAUUGAUAUCUGGAUGGCCGUGUGUUUAUUAUUUGUGUUCUCGGCUCUGUUGGAGUAUGCGGCAGUCAACUUUGUAUCCAGGCAGCACAAGGAGCUGUUGAGAUUCCAUCGCAGGAAGAAGAAUAAGGAGGAAGGCGUGAAGGAGAGCAGACUCAGUUUCAGUGCCAGUGCCGGGACUCCCUGCAGUCUGGGGAAAGACGGGAUCAUCGCAAAAGCCGCCAACAGCACCCCUCAGCCGCCGCAGCGGUCCUCCACAAAAUCCCACGAAGAGAUGAGGAAGCUCUUCAUCGACCGGGCCAAGAAGAUCGACACGGUCUCUCGAGCCGGAUUCCCUCUGGCCUUCCUGUUCUUCAACAUUUUCUACUGGGUGCUUUACAAAAUCCUCAGGCGUGAAGACGUACACCAGCGGUAAGGCUGGAGCAGAGGCACAAAAACGCUGCUCCUGCCGUUGAGAUGGACUCAGUGCUGCUACGCACAGACGCUUUGGGUGUUCAUUGUGUACUGCCAUGAGAGGAUGUGGACACGCACCAUGACACCAAAGGAGACAACCGUCAAUCGUUUCUAUAUUUCUAAGUUUGGACAGAACAGAUACAGGACACCAGGAGUCAGUCACUGUGACUUUUAGCUUCGCUGCCAAUGUUGAUGAAGAUAUUUCUGUACACCUCUGGCAGUGACAUUCAUUGAAAUAAUCUGCAUUGUUAUUCUUUUUUUUGUAUAGCACAUUACCACGAUGCAUGUCCUGGGAUGAGAACAAAGUUAGUGAGAAUUGCUUUUUUCUAAAAGUCUGAAUAACUCUUUAUUUCUCUUAACCAUUAUGUUUUUGUCUCGAGUGGGUCAACGGGUAACGUUUGUAAUAUGGUUUCUGUUUGAAUUUUAACAGUUAGCACAGACUUAUGGUCCCAGUUAUUACAUUCCAUAAUGACGAGUCUCCAAGCUGGCUACAAGAAUCCAGGUUGUAGGCCAAUGAUUACUAUAAGUGUACCUCUGGUCUUACAGCUGCUACUAGUGUCAGUGUUCUGUGGAAGUACAGCAUAACAAAGGAAAAAAUUGACGAAAAUAGAAAACAAAGUCACUGAAAAUUGUGCACAGAACCAUAUCAGGUUCAUCAUUGUUUAUAUUAAAAACAUUUUGUGACAUAUGAUUGGCAAGGGAAUUGUAUCUUCUGUUUAAAUGCAAACAAUCAUUCACUCUGUUCCUCAAUAUGGCUACAUCUGACACGCCUGCUCUGUCCUCUAUGCAGACAAUAUGGUUUUAUCAUUCCGAUUGAUGCUCAAUCAUUUGAACAGUAAUAACAUACCUGGGAUGAUUACAUGGAUCUAUUUUUAAGUGAUCGUAUUGACAUUUUAAAAAUAAUAAUUGUAGAAAUGCACACAUGCAGAAACUAUUCUUAGUUUUUUUUUUUUUUAAGACAAGUUUAGGUCACAAAUGAACCAAACUGUGCAAUAUGAUCUGGCCAGCAUAUCAAUAUACUCUCACAUUCCUGAGGUUUGGCCCUUUCUUAGAUUUUACUACUUAUUUGUCACAAUCAUAUGCAGUUGUUUGUGUAAUGUCGAAUGCAUUUUCAGGAAUGAUUAUAAAGCUAGAGUAACAAAAUUUAUUUUGAAUAAUGAGUUAAAUAUUUUGCAUGAAAUACUGUAUUCAUGGAUCUUUAUGAAUUUAUGAAGAUUGUAUGUAAAAUUGUAAAAGAUUUUGUUUGUGUUUCAUCUGUUCCAUGUCAAGGCAGCAUCUAAGGAGAAAAUGGUUCUUUCAACAAGCUGCUUCUGUAAGUAAUGUUAAAUACUUCAAUAAA